ACUCACCAGUCUUCCCACUCUGCCCACCACCGUUCAUGACAAGGACCACGAUGACCGAAUGAGCCCUUGCGCAGUCGCUUCAAGUGGUUUCGAAUCUAUCUCGAAACUUAUCCGAGCAAUCUCACUCAAUCCGAGUCGGGCAUCGAGAGUGGACGUCUUGACUAGACAGCUAAAUGGCCUCGCCCACUUGAAAAUGCAACGAAAAUGACACGGCCUGAGACUUUUACGACUGCAACAAUCCUUUUGAGUCUCCUUCCACCCAAGCGGCUUUCUCGCGGCGUUUCGCGCAGGACGACAUUCUGCAGCCCUUCGUUUCCCGUGUGCCGUCCGCGCUCAUCGUCAACGCGGAUGCCAGCGUAGAACGCACCGAGAAUAGGGUGCCAGGAGCGAGGACACAUGAAAACAAGGCAUUCACCGAAGCUCCAUCGCCUUUGGCAUAGAUUUCUUGCCGCUCACCCUAUCAGGACAUGAACGAAGUCUGUAGGCUCUGCGGCGACAGUGUGUGAUGCCCGCUCUGGCGAUGUGUAGAACUGGUUGGCGAUUGAUAUGGCACCGCGUGAUACGAUCGUCUUCCAUACGUCGUCUACUGGAACCACCCACUUUCGCCAAGCACUUUGCCAGUCACCCCAGCUCGAGGACCAACGGCCACGAGUUUCUCCGAUUCGUUGUCCAACGAUCUUCCGCACUGUCGUCCGAGUGCGCCCCCGGUCACUGUUUCCAAGCCCGGGAGAUUUUCGGAGCCGGGGAAGGGACGAUCUGGAUUGACUAUCUGAAUGACGCCACGGGUGCCGUACCUUGGUCCUCGUGGUCUUCUGGGUUAUUCUCGUCGCUCACUGUAUCGUGAACCUUCUCUCUGUUCCUCACCCAGUGCUCGUUCAGUGCGCUCCGGAUCUCCCACGACGGGUUCGUCCACCCUAUGCACAACACUAGUCACCGCAGCUCCAGUGAUAGAUUACCCAGUGCUGACGAGGCUACACACCACUAGCGCCAAGACGGCACUGGUUCCUACCCCCGAUCUCAUGCCCCACCCUGUUUUUGUUGAGACUCCCCCAACGCACAGCUCAGUCUUUCCCUCUAAUCCUCCCGGCUCCGAGCUCGUGAACUGCAUUGACCCUCAUCAGAGGAUCUCAUUUGAUCACAGAUCUGGAAUGAAGCCUGGGGCGUAGGAUUCAGCUGACACGCCGCCUACUCGAGUCAGAACGUGGACACUAGACCGUCGUCUUGUCAGAACAGUCUGAGUGGUGGCCCGCUUACUCGGUCGAGUAAUCAUGUGUCCUCUUUACACGACCUUCGUUGAGAUCCCUUCCUAGAUGAUAAUAGUUAUGCUCUACUUUCAAGUCGGUUUAACUCAGAAAGUCUCGUGCCCGCUUAUGUGGCAAGUGGUCAAUGACGUCACGCGCCGGAAAUCAUUUGUAAUCACAGAGAACCAAACGCGCGUCCUCUCAUUGCACGGCAUCUGUUGGCAUAAGAGCACAUAAGAGCACAUCUUUUUACUCCAGUUUCCCCACAGCACGUACCAUGAGCAACUUCCCCAAACGCAAGAUCGGAGGUGUCGAGGUCUCUGCUAUUGGAUUCGGCGCGAUGGGCAUUGGAGGCAUCUACGGCCCCGCUCCGCCUGAUUCCGAGCGUUUCGCGACUCUGGAUGCGGCGUAUGCUGCAGGGUGCACGAUGUGGGACACGGCGGACAUUUACUUCGACUCCGAGGACCUUAUCGGUCAAUGGUUCAAGCGCACCGGCAAACGCGAUGAGAUCUUCUUGGCUAGCAAGUUUGGCUUCAUCGGCAUGUCGGGCGACCGGGUGAUCGAUGGGUCGCCGGAGUACGUGCGCACGGCGGUCGAGAAAUCGCUUUCGAGACUCGGUGUGGACACGAUCGACUUGUACUAUCUCCACCGCGCGGAUCCUACGGUUCCCAUCGAGGUCUGGAUCGCUCACAGCGGAAUGCCACACUGGUCGCUCACCAAAUGUUUUACAGAAAACGGUUGGUGCAAUGGCUGAGCUUGUCAAAGAGGGCAAAGUGAAACACCUUGGUCUCUCGGAGGUCUCCGCGAACACGCUCCGGCGCGCGCACGCCGUGCAUCCGAUCGCUGCCGUCCAGGUCGAGUACAGCCCCUUCACGCUCGACAUCGAAGACCCGAAGAUCGCGCUUCUCAAGACGUGCCGCGAGCUCGGGGUGACAGUCGUGGCAUAUUCGCCGCUGGGACGAGGACUUCUCACCGGGGCCUACAAAUCCUCUGCCGACUUCCCGGAGGGCGACUUUCGGCUGUUCAUCGAGCGGUACAAUGAGAAGAACUUCCCCAACAUUCUCAAGAUCGUGGACGGUUUGGGCAAGGUCGGGGAGAAACACCAGGCUUCCUCGGGCCAAAUCGCACUCGCGUGGCUGCUCGCCCAGGGAGAGGAUAUCAUUCCGAUCCCCGGGACCAAGAAGAUCAAGUAUCUCGAGGAGAACUUGGCGGCGAUCAAGAUCAAAUUGUCUGACGAAGAGACUGCGGCGAUCCGCACGCUUGCCCUCGAGGCGGAUGCCCAGCAAGGUGAACGAUACCCGCCUGAUCUGGCAAAAGUGUUGUUUGUGGAAACUCCGGAACUGUAAAUCAUAAUAUGUGAACUGUACUGCAACCCUCCAACAAAGAGACGGGGCUGAAUGUAUGCCCUGAGACAAGGCGUCACGUGUACCGUGUUUUACUAUGGGCGGCGUGUCGAUCCCAUCCCAAUGUUGUUGCAGAGAUCCUCCUUCCGCCUUCAGGUCGGGGCAGCAAACGCGAUUCCCAUCUUGGUUGUUGUUCAUAUCGGUGCGUUACUUUCCCGCCUCCCCUUUUGCUUGCACCCGCCCCACGCAAGUGUUGAGAAUGGAUAGACCGCAAUUUCAUUGCAA